AUGGCUACGGCGAACGAGAAACCUCCUUCUCUCCGAUGCGACUCCCCCUCGCCCGAGAUCGUCCCGACUCCAGCUAUUGGCGCCUGCCCUGAGCUUACCCGCUGCCUGUCGACGGCAUCUUCUGUCUCUCAUAGUUCAACCACCGACAGCACCUCCCGCGAGUCCUUGGGAAGCUUGGGAAGCAACUCGAGACAAUCCUCCGGCAACUACAGUCGUCGCUCAGAUGUAAGCUUCGUAUCCUCUCGCCAGUCAACAUGCAGCAGCAUGGAUGGCCGCUCCAGCCGCCGCCGAGGAUUCGUCCGGCCACAGGGUACCGACUUUGCUGCGAGUGCCCGGCACAGGGAAAGCGUCCUGAGCUUAGGAAGCAUUGCCCAUUUGCAGUAUUACUUUGCGCGGACCGGUCUCCUCGACGGCAAGGGUGCGCAGUUGGCGAGGAAGAACAAGGCGAAAGGAGGUCUGGACCUCUCUUCUGUGAGCAGCUCCGGACUGUCAUCGCCGAGAAUUGGCUCUGAUGGCGAAUCUUCAUUCCCAUCUUUAAGUCCCGACCUUUCUUCCCACCAGUUUGGCCCCAUGGUGGAAUCUCCUACCGAAGAAUACUACUCGGACGAAUUCGACGACCCGGAGGAUGUGCUACCACCCACUACCAGUACAUACAUCCACAGACAUAAGCCUAUUCCCAAACCGCCAACGAUCGAGGAGCUCAAGGCCGAUCUUACGCAGUCUCUCGAGAAGGCCGCUGCUGCGUUGAAAGAUGCAAGGGACAACAAGGAAGCCAACGCCAAGGCGGCCGCCGAAGCUGCCUCGCGACCAAACACGCCAAAGAAAGGAGGGAUGGGUUGGUUCGAAGUCCAGGGCAUGCACAUUCUUGAUGUCAUGACGCUUGCCAUUCGUGCUGCCAAGAACUACUAUACGGCCCACGAAGUUCCGGAAAGACUGGACGCCAUCAAGUCUGAAAAAGAGAUACGCACGGAGUUGUUCUCCGUCAUGGAAACCCUGAAACAGAUGGCAACCCGGAAGUGGGCUGGUGGAAUGAAGGAUGAUGAGUACGUCACUCUCAACUCCUGGAUUCAGGGGCUCUUCAGCAUGCUGAAGACGGAAGAGGAGAUGGUCGAGAUAGAGAAGGCGGAGCGCAGCCGCUGGACCUGGAUGAAGGGCGAUUGGACUGGCAAAGAAGUCGAAAGAGAAUUGGCGUUCAUGGCCUCUCUUGAUCCCCGCGCUGAGCCAUUGCCGGAAUACACGCCUGCAGCUUCAGCGACCGAGUUUCCCACGCCAUUUCUCCAAAGCCUGCAGAAUGGAAUUCGGCUUGUCGAGCUCCACAACUCGGCAGUGAAAACGUCGAAGCGGAGGUUCGGUUUAAUUACCACCUUUCACACCGACACCGAUAAGCCAUAUCGGUGCGCUGACAACAUUCGUUACUGGGCCAAGGCAGCAGAGCUGCGAUGGGAGGUUCUUCUAAAAGUGGAUGCUCUCGGCAUCGUUUACAACAGCAGUCCUGAAGUAUGGAUCAAUUUCGAGAGAGCCGUCAUGGCGUGGUGCCGCAAGGUCCGCGAGGAGAUCACGUCUGAGCUGGAGGGCUAA